UUAAUUAAAAAGCCCAAUUGUCCGUAAAAGCCCAAAGGGGCAUAUUUGUAAUUUAACACUUCACCGAGCCCAAUAUUUACAACUAUGCGCCUCUCCUAAAACAAUUUCAGCUUUCAGCACUUGUAGAGCUUAGGUUUAGGUUUCGACCGCCGGUGCCGAUGGCUUCCCCGAUAGAGUCAGUGCAGUGCUUUGGGCGCAAGAAGACGGCGGUGGCAGUGACCUACUGCAAGCGCGGUCGUGGCCUGAUCAAGAUCAACGGCUGCCCGAUCGAACUGGUGGAGCCGGAGAUCCUCCGCUACAAGGCGCUGGAACCCAUCCUCCUGCUCGGCCGUCACCGCUUCAACGGCGUCGACAUGCGCAUCCGCGUAAAGGGCGGAGGCCACACCUCCCAGAUCUACGCCAUCCGGCAGAGCAUCGCUAAGGCUCUCGUUGCCUUCUACCAGAAGUACGUCGACGAGCAGUCCAAGAAGGAGAUCAAGGACAUCUUGGUCAGCUACGACCGGACCCUCCUUGUCGCCGAUCCCCGGCGGUGCGAGCCCAAGAAGUUCGGUGGUCGUGGUGCUCGCGCCAGGUUCCAGAAAUCCUACCGGUAGACGGAAGAGAGGCAAGUGCGACAUGGGGAGUUUCUGUUUCUGCCUAAUUUUAUUUCAGUUGUUUUUAUGUUUUUUGGAAAACAAGUCAGUGUUUUUGAGGAUUUUGAAAUGACUCUUUUAGUUGUGCCUCCUGUAGGAAGUAAGAUAAUUUUGGGUAACGUUAGUAUUAUGAUUUCAUUUCAGUCAUUUGGAAGGAUUUGAAAGUUGAAAUACAGGUGCUACCUGCUUUGAUAAA